GGAAGAGGCGGCCGAGGCGCCGGGGGGCGGGGGAAGCUCCGGAGCGGGCGGUGUCGGCGGCGGCGCCGAGGAGCCAGCGGCGGAGUCCGGGCCCCCGCGCUGCGUCUGUCCGCGCCCGGUGGAUGCGAAUCGGCUGAGGCGGCGGCGGCGGCGGCGGCGGAGGAGGAGUCGGCGGGCGGGCGCCGGGCCGGUGGGAGCGCGGACGAUGAGGCCGCUGCCGGGCGCUCCCGGCGUGGCGGCGGCCGCCGCGCUGUGGCUGCUGCUGCUGCUGCUGCCCCGGGCCCGGGCGGACGAGCACGAGCACACGUAUCAAGAUAAAGAGGAAGUUGUUUUAUGGAUGAAUACUGUUGGGCCCUACCAUAAUCGACAAGAGACUUACAAAUACUUUUCACUUCCAUUUUGUGUGGGGUCAAAAAGAAGUAUCAGUCAUUACCAUGAAACUCUGGGAGAAGCACUUCAAGGCGUUGAAUUGGAAUUUAGUGGUCUGGAUAUUAAAUUCAAAGAUGAUGUGAUGCCAGCCACUUACUGUGAAAUUGACUUAGAUAAGGAAAAGAGAGAUGCAUUUGUGUAUGCUAUCAAAAAUCACUACUGGUACCAGAUGUACAUAGAUGACUUACCAAUAUGGGGUAUUGUUGGUGAAGCAGAUGAAAAUGGAGAAGAUUACUAUCUUUGGACCUACAAAAAACUUGAAAUAGGGUUUAAUGGUAACCGAAUUGUUGAUGUUAAUCUAACUAGUGAAGGAAAAGUGAAACUGGUUCCCAAUACUAAAAUCCAGAUGUCAUAUUCAGUAAAAUGGAAAAAGUCAGAAGUAAAAUUUGAAGAUAGAUUUGACAAAUAUCUUGAUCCAUCUUUUUUUCAACACAGGAUUCAUUGGUUUUCAAUUUUCAACUCCUUCAUGAUGGUUAUCUUCUUGGUGGGCUUAGUUUCAAUGAUUUUAAUGAGAACUUUAAGAAAAGAUUAUGCUCGGUACAGUAAAGAAGAAGAAAUGGAUGAUAUGGAUAGAGACCUAGGAGAUGAAUAUGGAUGGAAGCAGGUGCAUGGUGAUGUAUUUAGACCAUCAAGUCACCCACUGAUAUUUUCCUCUCUCAUUGGUUCUGGAUGUCAGAUAUUUGCUGUGUCUUUCAUUGUUAUUAUUGUUGCAAUGAUAGAAGAUUUAUAUACAGAGAGGGGAUCCAUGCUCAGUACAGCCAUAUUUGUCUAUGCUGCUACGUCUCCAGUGAAUGGUUAUUUUGGAGGAAGCUUAUAUGCUAGACAAGGAGGAAGGAGAUGGAUAAAGCAGAUGUUUAUUGGGGCAUUCCUUAUCCCAGCUAUGGUGUGUGGUACUGCCUUCUUCAUCAAUUUUAUAGCCAUUUAUUACCAUGCUUCAAGAGCCAUUCCUUUUGGAACAAUGGUGGCUGUUUGUUGCAUCUGUUUUUUCGUUAUUCUUCCUCUAAAUCUUGUUGGUACAAUACUUGGCCGAAAUCUGUCAGGUCAGCCCAACUUUCCUUGUCGUGUCAAUGCUGUGCCUCGUCCCAUACCGGAGAAAAAAUGGUUUAUGGAGCCUGCAGUUAUUGUUUGCUUGGGAGGAAUUUUACCUUUUGGCUCAAUCUUCAUUGAAAUGUAUUUCAUCUUCACCUCUUUCUGGGCAUACAAGAUCUACUAUGUCUACGGCUUCAUGAUGCUGGUGCUGGUCAUCCUGUGCAUUGUGACGGUCUGUGUGACCAUUGUGUGCACGUACUUCCUGCUGAACGCGGAGGACUAUAGGUGGCAAUGGACAAGUUUUCUCUCUGCUGCAUCAACUGCAAUCUAUGUUUACAUGUAUUCCUUUUACUACUAUUUUUUCAAAACAAAGAUGUAUGGCUUAUUUCAAACAUCAUUUUACUUUGGAUAUAUGGCGGUAUUUAGCACAGCCUUGGGGAUAAUGUGUGGAGCGAUUGGUUACAUGGGAACAAGUGCCUUUGUCCGAAAAAUCUAUACUAAUGUGAAAAUUGACUAGAGACCCAAGAAAACCUGGAACUUUGGAUCAAUCUCUCUUUCAUAAGUGUGGAACCUGCACAGCAAAAAAAGCGCAAGAGGAGAUUUGGGCGUUAACACUGGGUACUUUGUGGGUCUAUCUCUCAUGGAUGGCGUAAAGUAACAUCUAUUUCCAUUGAUCCUAGGUUCUUACUGACUGCUUUCUCCAACUGUUCACAGCAAAUGCUUGGAUUUUAUGCAGUAGGCAUUACUACAGUACAUGGCUAAUCUUCCCAAAAACUAGAUCAUUAAAGAUGAAAUAGACCAGCUCUCUUCAGUGAAGAGGACAAAUAGUUUCUUUAAAGCAUUUGUUCCAAUAAAAUGACUAGAGGGAAACUUGGAUGCUAAAAUUACAUGAAUAGAAAUCUUCCUAGCACUUAGUGUCUCCAUGUUAUUGAAAAAUGAUGUUCCAGAAAUAUUAUUUUUUCUCUUAUUUUUACUGUUAUCAUCAACCUAUUGUGGGACAUUUUUAUAUAUUGAACCUGGGUUCUUUUUUGAGCAUCCCCCCCACCCCCCCAAUUCAACUGCAUCUUUUUUCUAAAAGAGAGAAUUAAAAACAUUAAAUUCUGCAUGUAAUAUAUCUGCUGUCAUCUUAGUUGGACCAGCUUCCCAUGUAUUUACAUCUUAAUUCCAUCCAAAGAAGAUACAGUCUGAAGAUAGAGGUGUAUUCUCUACAAUGCAAUUUACUGUACAGUUAGAAAGCAAAGUGUUAAAUGGAGAACAUAUUUGUUUUAUUAAACAUUUUGAGAUUUAGAUAAAGUGCAUUUUAACUAAAUGUCCUAAGUGAUUAUCUUUUCUCCCCCCUCUCACUCCCCAAGUUAGUCUUACAUCUUUUUUGGGUUUGAAUGAAGGUUUUGCAUAAGAAAUUAUUAAAAACAAGGGGGGUGGGUAAUAAAUGUAUAUAACAUUAAAUAAUGUAAUGUAGGUGUAGAUUCCCAAAUGUAUUUGGUUGUACAGAUUGAUUACGGAAUACUUUUUUCUGAUGAUGAUUGGUGUAGAAAUGUGUGAGUUUGGGUAGCUUUUUACAUCUUGCCUACCACUGCAUGAAACAUUGGGGUUUCUUCAAAAUGUGUGUGUGUCUUCUUUUGGGAAGGGGGGGAUUGUUUUCUGUUUCUUUUCUGAGACUCCUACAGGAACUAAAUUUGUAAUUUAGAAACCUUUAAUUUUGUUAAUCUUGUCUGGGGCACUUAAAUAACAUCUAAAGCAUACUGCUUUAGAAUGUUAAAAUAAAAUUUCCUGAUCAAAUUGUUUUGUGAAAUUAGAUGUGUUUGCAAUUUGAAGCUAUCUUUUUAAAAGACAACAUUAUUGAAUGCAGUUUUUAAAUAAACUGUAAAUUAUGCUUUUUUAAUACAGGGAACUCACACUUUAAAAUCCCCAAACUUGCUUACAUCUAGAUUAUCCAGUACAGUCAGAAGUGAAUGAUAAGCCCUUUGAAUGAAAUUGUGGCACAAAGUCUGUACAGGUUGGUGUACCCUGUGAAAUGGGUGGGGGGUAAAAGUGGUUAGGUUACUAUCGGAUGAGCAAAUAAAGAUUAAAAUUUUCUAAAAGAAGAGAUUUUCAUUUUGAAUACAUCUUUCUGGAACUAUCCAUAAUGUGAAGUUUUCCUAGAACCAUUGAGUUUCUAGUUUAAUAGUUUGCUAUGCAAAUGACCACCUAAAAUAAUUCUGUAUAUUGGUAUUUUUAGAAGAGUCAGAACAGCUAUAUUUAAACCUUAUUGUGAAACUCAUGCCAUUCAUAGUUACAUAAGAUGUUUUCAUCACAAAAUAUUUAUCAGUUAGUAAACUCUGCAUCCUACAUGUGGUAUGUAACGACUAUAAAGUGAAAAAAUGGGGUAUCUUACCACUCAAGUGUGGCUGACAGAAAUUUGAUCAGAAGUUAUAGGUAAAUCCUCUUCACACCAAGAUGUUAUAUUAAACGUAAUACACUGGUGAUUUCAAUUUCUCUUCCUUUUUACUUACCUUACCUUAGGAUCUUAUAAGAAAAAUGAAAAGUCAGUAUAUAAUGGUUUAUAUUUCUAACAGCAUAUAGUCUGGUGGAUUGCAAAUUGGACAGCAAGCUUUUGUUAUAAUAAAAUGAAAUUUGUUUUUUCAUGAGUUUUGCAGGUAAGAUUAGGGUUUUUAAAGAAUGAGUGGGUUCGCUGCCUUUAGGUACACCAUUUCUUUCCAUUAAAUUGAGCUCUGUUUGAAAUCUUUUGGAAUCUUCCGUGGAAAAUAGUUUUCUAAUUUCCAUGUAUAUUAAGAGGUCCCUUAAAAUGAAUAUAAAUCACCUUGAAAAGUCCUUUAGAAAAUGUGUAUUGAUUUACGUCUUCAUAGAGGGGCUGGCUGUGGUAUGUCUUGAAGAAGAUGUAAUUCACAAAUGGCUUAGCUCCCUAGAUCUCAGUUGUAGACGAGUAAAAUAAAAUAUUUAAGUAAUUAAAGGAUGGGGCUUUCCCACUUUAUUGAUGCUGCAUAUCUGUCUCAUUUAUUAAUAUUAUUUGCUCAACUUCACAACUGAUGCUUUGAACACGACCAAAAACUAAAGAUUUACUUUCCCCUUGUAUCGUAAGCAUAUUUCUCCUAAAAUUUAUAUAUGUAUAAAUUGUGCAAGAGUAGGAUAAGGUGGAAAUGAAAAGGCUGGAGGGAUGGUGAAGCAUUCUUUACUAGGUCAUGUUUGGGCUCCGAGAUUGUAUUGGGUUUGCCCAUAAAUCAAACACCAUACUCUUACAAUUCAUUAUUAUGUGAUGAUAGCUGAAUGGGAAUGGUGUAUUUACCUAGUGAAUGGUAUGCUUGGCUAUUUUCCAUGGAGAGUGGAUGGACCUCUUUAUAAAGAAGGUUGCUGCAAAUCCUAGUUCUUCCAAAAGCCACUUUAUUUAGGGUUUAUCCACAAAUUGUAUUCAUUUUGAUAAAGCUUUUGAUUCUUAAAUAUGUACUAUCCAUAUUAUGCCAAAUGUCUUGCAAAUAAAUGUUAUUUUAAAUUUUCCUGAAUUUUUACAAAUGUAAAAAAGAAAAAAUGUAUUAAUGUAAUUUGUUCAGGAAAAGCUACAUACCGAAGGGCUUCUGUUUAGGAAGUCUAGGAAAGAAAAGCCUGUUUGUAAUCUAUACACUGUAGUUCCACCUGGGUUUUAAGUUUAGCUUUUAGAGUGUCUUCGUGCUUUAUUCUCUUGAGUUAUUGGAACACUUAAUAAAUAGGAGUAGUUAUGUAUGAAAACGUAUUUAUUAAUGUUUUAUAUCUUCAUAAAAAUUUUAAUUAUGAAGCUGAAUUUUAGCAAUCAAAGAUGUUAAAUAGAUAAGUGACAUUUUUAAAAGAUUGGAAAUGUAUGCAGAAAGACUAGAUUUAGAGGUAAGGUAGAUCAGAAAGUUAGCAUACAGCUGCAGAAAUUUUGUAUGAUUUAAAUUCAGUAUGAGGAAUGAUUAGUUCCUCUUGUGAGUAUUUCUUAAAAGCUAUCUGAUUUGACAUUCUUAUCGGAGCUGUAGGCAGAAGAGUACAAAGACAAUAGUAAAAAAUUAAGUUAUUUCACUGUGCUGGGAAAUGGAAAUGAACUGUUAUGAAAGCCACUUAUAUUGAAGUAUUGCUGAAAUAAGAUUGCUAAUACUUGACUGAUAAAGCAGCAUUCGGUGUGUUUAGCCCAGUUCAUCAGUUUAGAUCAUUUGAAGGUUUUAAAUGUUAUAAGUAAGAGCUUAAGGCAAGGAAGCAAUAAUGUGGAAUCCUAUUUAAAAGCUGCCAGAGUGUCCUUGGGAAAGCAGUCCCACUCAGGCUUUCAGCUCUUCCCAGCUCGAAUCUAUAAAUUCCCACAGAGCGCAGGUGAUCGGUGACAGAGUUGGAAGAAACAGUUAUUGCUUGGUGAUUACUUUUAUUUUGUACACACCCUUGGUUUAUGUAGGCCAUAUUCCAGCUGGCUUUUUUAGUAAUAGAAAUCCACUAUAUAAUGUAUCAAAUACAUUUGAGGUUCUAAUCUAGUCUGUUUAACUGAAGUUGGAUUUUUAAAAGUAAUAAAAAGUUAAAUGUA